GGCGCCAUGCGGUUGUGUGGGGUGAGACUGCUUGAACCCGACCACCAUCGUCCUCGAGACCGAGUCGCCUCAGUACGCGCGUCCGCGCCGCCGCACUUGUGAACCUCUGUGCAGUGACACGUCGAGCAGGACUCUACGCACAUCGCAAUGGCAGGCAAACAGCUUGGCAAGCUGCGACAGUGGGCGGGCGAGGUCAUCUCGUCGCGCGACAAGACCAUCGUCACGGACGAGUUUCGUGACCUCGAACAUGACAUUGAGUUGCGGAGACAGGGUCUGUGGAGGCUCCAUAUAGCUUCGGAGGACUACCACCAUGUCGUGGACAAGAAGAAAGAAUGUGAAGCCCUCGAUGAAACGGAGAAGCUGUUGCCCGUCGAUGCGCUGGGCAUAGUGAUGAUCAAGCAUGGCGAGGAGUUUGGCGAUGACUCUGCCUUCGGUGCGUCGCUCUGUCGGCAUGGGCGAGGGCUGUGUAAGGUCGCUACUUUGCAAGAGACAUUCGCCAUGACGUUCGAAGACACCUUCCUCGCAUCCGUCUUCCGUAUGGAAGACGAGAUCAAGGAAUAUCAGGCUCAGAGGAAGAAGCUGGAAAGCCGGCGGCUGAGCUAUGACGCAGCGAUCAGCAAGGCGGAGAGGAUCAAAAGCAGCAAGAAGGAGAAAGAUAAGGAUCGCAAGGACGCGGAGGAAGAGGUAGCUAAUGCGAAGUCGCGCUACGAGGAAACUGCAGAAGACGUCCGCGCGCGGAUGUACGCCAUCCAAGAGAACGAAGUGCUCCAGUUGCGGGACCUCACUACCUUCCUCGACCUCAAACUCAAUUUCGUGGAGCAGUAUCUCGAGGUGUUGCGCGAUGUCAAGGCAAACUGGGUAGACGAGUACGUCCUCCCGCUCCUGCUAGAUUCUUAUGCCAAACACAGCAUGUCUCACAGAGCCACCCCCGAGAAGCCCGAAAUCUCGCGCUUUGGGUCCAUGCGCUCGAGCAAGUCGAAACGAUCUGCUGUCUCUGAUGGGUCUUCGUCCGACGAAGAAUCAUCGGAGGAGGAGGAACAGCCCCGGAGGCGGUCCCGCGGCCUCUCGUUCUCGAGCAAGAAGUCCGACGCAGGGAGCAAGCCUCCGUCUCGUCCUCCCUCGCGUCCUCAAUCUCGGGCGGAACGUAAGCGCGCAGACAGCACUGUCGGUACAAGCGACAGAGAGAAGGAGAAAGACAAGGAGAAAGAGAAAGACAAGGCGGAGAAGUCAUCGCGCAAGCUGAGCGUAGCUGGCUGGGCGUCUUCAGCGGUGAGCGCAGUCGGGUCGGUGGCUAGCCGGGGGAAGAAGGACAAGGACAAGGAUAACUUCGCCACCCUGCGCGACGAUGCCAACGAGGACAGCGAAGCGGAAGAGUCGGGCUCUAUCAGCAAAAUAUCUCCUGCGGAUCGUCGGCUGUCCAUUCCCAAGCCGGGUGGCAAGAAGGUCGUCGUUGCGCUACAUGACUUCGCAUCCGGGUCGACGGACGAGCUCAACUUCCAUGCCGGGGAUCAGAUCACAGUCGUCAAUGAGGUGCUGGACGGCUGGUGGAUGGGCGAGCUCGCUGGGAAGCGCGGGCUUUUCCCAACGACAUACACUGAGGUCCUCUCGCCCACGCCGUCCGCACCCCCUGUGCCACGCCGCCCGGCUGUUAUGACCCGCGGUGCAGGCGCGAGUGCGCCUCCAGUGCUAUCCGGCGCCGGCGAGCACGAGCGCAAGCGAUCCACGUCGCGUCGUGCCUACGAGAUGAGCAGCUCGACGAGGAGUCGACCGCUGCUCUCGCGCCGUACCACGGACCAGGGCCUGGGUCCGUCACCGGUGACGAAGAAGCCGCCACCGCCGCCGCCGCCGCGACGGCCUGCGGGGUCUGUGCAUGGCAGCCCGGUGCCCCCACCGAUCCCGAGCCGACAUCUGCAUACAAAAUCAUCACAGUCAAGCUCGAGCUCGUUGAACGGGGACGAUCUAACCCAUUCGCCAUUUGAUAGUCCUGGAGACUCGUGGUGA